AUGCUGUGUUUACGGCUCUGUGUGUUUCAGCCUGGUCGUGAUGCUAAGGGUGCUGCUCUGGCUCUGUUCACCGCUCGUCUCCACCGCUCUGACGUCACUACCCAUAGGGCUGUGCUGCAGGCCAUCAUCUUUCAGCUGGACAAAGCCAUCGAGAGUGUUGACACCCAGAGAGAUGGUUUAAUAUUCAUCUAUGACAUGACCAACUCCAGCUAUGGGAACUUUGACUAUGAGCUCUGUGUCAAGAUCCUCAACCUCCUCAAGGGUGCGUUCCCAGCGCGUCUGAAGUGUGUGUUCAUCGUGUCGUCUCCUCUCUGGUUCAGAGCUCCCUUCGCCGUCCUCAGACUCUUCGUACGUGAGAAGCUGAGAGAGAGGGUGUGUACAGUGAAGGCCCACGAGCUGUCCAAUUACAUCCCAGUCUCUUCUCUUCCGGAACACCUGGACGGAACCUCCCGGUACAGCCACGUUGCCUGGAUACAGUCCUGCGUCAACACACACACCGCCCCAGGCGACGCGCACACACACCCGCACGACACACACGACUGCGUGGGCAGCCUGUUGCUCUCGUACAGCCUGGAGCCUCACAACGCUAACGCCGCCGCUACGUUAGCCGCUACGCAAACCUCCAUAGACUCCCACUCAGAUUCGCCGCUGCUGUUAGCCUCCGAGCUAGCGUUAGCGGCUACGGCUAACUCCAACUGCUACGACGACAGUAAUGCUAACCCACACGUCCACUGUGGUACAGUGAACGGCAGGACUCGAGGCCGGGCCCAGAACAGCCCCCAGAGCUCUGGACCACAGAGGAAUCGCCAACAUUGGAACGGUUCUGCCCGUAGCUACGGGGUCAAGGCAGGGUUGGGGGUUAAUACCGUUGUUGGGGUUGUUAGCGGCGCUAGCCCCAAUGCUAACAGCGCGAAUGGUCGCCAACCCCCUCCCCAGUCGGACACGCCCCCGGACACACCCGUCCACCACAAAGUAGUAGGAAUUACGAUGACGGGUGGCGGGUCAGAAACCCUCGUCGACGGAACAGCGAACGAGGAAGAGCGGGAGGAAGAGGAGGAAGAGGAUGAGGUCGAUGGGGUGCCUCCUCUCCCUCAGAAGUCUCUCCCACGCCACCCGCCGUCCCAGUGCCCCUCACUCUGCGGCGCGUCUCAGCCGGACGAGGACCCUUGUCCCCAGGAAGAGGUGUCUGUACACAUGCCUGACGAGGUGGGGAUGAACGUGUUGGAGCUGGUGGAGCACGUGAAGAAGAGGAAGAAGAAAGGAAUCUACCAGGAGUACGAAGAGAUACGCAAGGAGCCUCCUACUGGUAGCUUUGACUACAGCAAAAAGCUGUCCAAUCAGAUCAAGAACAGGUACAGUGAUGUCCUCUGUCUGGACCAAUCACGUGUCAGACUCUGCCAGCUCUGUGAUGAUGAGGACGAGACGUCAGACUACAUCAAUGCUAGUCUUAUGGACGGCUACAAGAGGAGCAACGCUUAUAUCGCAACUCAGGGUCCUCUGCCGAAGACGUUUGGUGAUUUCUGGCUCAUGGUGUGGGAGCAGAUGGUGCUGAUAGUUGUCAUGACUACCAGGGUGGUAGAGCGUGGGAGAGUAAAGUGUGGUCAGUACUGGCCGAAAGAGGAGGGGACAACGGAGCAGCAUGGACACUUCCUGGUUAGGAACACAUCCAUCCAGCUAUAUCAGGACUUUAGACUGUCUCAGCUGGAACUAUACAACAGCCAGACAGGUGAGAGGAGGGAGGUCUCCCACUACCUGUAUGUCAGCUGGCCAGACUUCGGUGUGCCCAAGUGUGCGUUGGCCAUGUUAGAUUUCCGUGAGCAUGUGCAGCAGCGGCAGGAGGCGGCGCUGAGGAGUCUGGGAGCUGAGUGGGUGGGACCCCCAGGUGGGCCACCGCUGGUCGUACACUGCAGCGCAGGCAUCGGACGCACAGGUACGUUCUGUACCCUGGACAUCUGUCUGUCCAGGCUGGAGGACAUUGGGACGGUGGAUGUGUGUGAGACAGUGAGGAGGAUGAGGACCCAGAGAGCCUUCAGUAUACAGACCUGGGAUCAGUAUUACUUCUGCUACACGGCCGUCAUCGAGUACGCACAGCGACGCGGCAAACUGACCCCGGUACAGUGGUCCGAUUCAGACCUGGAGACAGACAGCGAGUGACGGGGAUGGAAUGAACGCAGGCUGAGGGAGAUGGAGGAGGGAUGGAAACAGGAUGUGUCCCAGGAAGAGGAAGAGGGUGGAGGAUGGAAUGAACGCAGGCUGAGGGAGAUGGAGGAGGGAUGGAAACAGGAUGUGUCCCAGGAAGAGGAAGAGGAAUAGGGUGGAGGAUGGAAUGAACGCAGGCUGAGGGAGAUGGAGGAGGGAUGGAAACAGGAUGUGUCCCAGGAAGAGGAAGAGCGUGUGAAAGCUAAACGACUCUUUGAGUUACUCCCCCAAUCAUGAGGAGGAGAAGAAGAUGAGCUGUAUCAAUGAUAGAUUGACUGACUGAUUGAUGGAGCAGUGUCCUGCCAUUUAGUAUGUAGUGGGGCGGCUCUGAGCUGUCCUGUCCCUCCCAUAGAGCUAAGAGGAGCUGGCCUGUCCCUCCCAUAGAGCUAAGAGGAGCUGUCCUGUCCCUCCCAUAGAGCUAAGAGGAGCUGUCCUGUCCCUCCCAUAGAGCUAAGAGGAGCUGGCCUGUCCCUCCCAUAGAGCUAAGAGGAGCUGUCCUGUCCCUCCCAUAGAGCUAAGAGGAGCUGUCCUGUCCCUCCCAUAGAGCUAAGAGGAGCUGUCCUGUCCCUCCCAUAGAGCUAAGAGGAGCUGGCCUCUCCUCUCCUGGCCUGGUCUGGCCUGUUUCUCCCAUAGAGCUAAGAGGAGCUGGCCUCUCCUGUCCUGGCCUGGUCUGGCCUGUCCCUCCCAUAGAGCUAAGAGGAGCUGGCCUCUCCUGUCCUGGCCUGGUCUGGCCUGUUUCUCCCAUAGAGCUAAGAGGAGCUGGCCUCUCCUGGUCUGGCCUGUCCCUCCCAUAGAGCUAAGAGGAGCUGGCCUCUCCUGUCCUGGCCUGGUCUGGCCUGUUUCUCCCAUAGAGCUAAGAGGAGCUGGCCUCUCCUGUCCUGGCCUGGUCUGGCCUGUCCCUCCCAUAGAGCUAAGAGGAGCUGGCCUCUCCUCUCCUGGCCUGGUCUGGCCUGUUUCUCCCAUAGAGCUAAGAGGAGCUGGCCUCUCCUGUCCUGGCCUGGUCUGGCCUGUCCCUCCCAUAGAGCUAAGAGGAGCUGGCCUCUCCUGUCCUGGCCUGGUCUGGCCUGUUUCUCCCAUAGAGCUAAGAGGAGCUGGCCUCUCCUGUCCUGGCCUGGUCUGGCCUGUUUCUCCCAUAGAGCUAAGAGGAGCUGGCCUCUCCUGUCCUGGCCUGGUCUGGCCUGUUUCUCCCAUAGAGCUAAGAGGAGCUGGCCUCUCCUGUCCUGGCCUGGUCUGGCCUGUCCCUCCCAUAGAGCUAAGAGGAGCUGGCCUCUCCUGUCCUGGCCUGGCCUGUCCUGGCCUGGUCUGGCCUGUUUCUCCCAUAGAGCUAAGAGGAGCUGGCCUCUCCUGUCCUGGUCUGGCCUGUUUCUCCCAUAGAGCUAAGAGGAGCUGUCCUCUCCUGUCCUGGUCUGGCCUGUUUCUCCCAUAGAGCUAAGAGGAGCUGUCCUCUCCUGUCCUGGCCUGGUCUGGCCUGUUUCUCCCAUAGAGCUAAGAGGAGCUGGCCUCUCCUGUCCUGUCCUGUCCUGGUCUGGCCUGUUUCUCCCAUAGAGCUAAGAGGAGCUGUCCUGUCCUGUCCUGGCCUGGCCUGGUCUGGCCUGUUUCUCCCAUAGAGCUAAGAGGAGCUGGCCUCUCCUGUCCUGGCCUGGCCUGUCCUGGCCUGGUCUGGCCUGUUUCUCCCAUAGAGCUAAGAGGAGCUGGCCUCUCCUGUCCUGGUCUGGCCUGUUUCUCCCAUAGAGCUAAGAGGAGCUGUCCUCUCCUGUCCUGGUCUGGCCUGUUUCUCCCAUAGAGCUAAGAGGAGCUGUCCUCUCCUGUCCUGGCCUGGUCUGGCCUGUUUCUCCCAUAGAGCUAAGAGGAGCUGGCCUCUCCUGUCCUGGCCUGGCCUGGUCUGGCCUGUUUCUCCCAUAGAGCUAAGAGGAGCUGGCCUCUCCUGUCCUGUCCUGUCCUGGUCUGGCCUGUUUCUCCCAUAGAGCUAAGAGGAGCUGGCCUCUCCUGUCCUGGCCUGGCCUGGUCUGGCCUGUUUCUCCCAUAGAGCUAAGAGGAGCUGGCCUCGCCUCUCCUGGCCUGGUCUGGUCUGUUUCUCCCAUAGAGCUAGCUAGAGGGCUCUGCUUUGCACCUGUGCGACAAUGUCUUGUGUGACAGCAUGUGCUGCACCAUAGAGGUCUGUCUAAGUCUAUGGUCGCUCUCCCAAGUCGUACAUCCUCGUGACAAUGGCCCACUGGACUGUCAACCUUCUUUUUGACCUCUUCUUCUUCUUCUGUCUUAUCGGCCUUUAGUUCUAUGGUGAUGUAUUUCCUGUUCCUGUUUAGGUAAUGAAACCCCGUCCGCAAGCCAAAGCCUCUGACUCCCUGAAUGCUUGAACAUACUGAUUUUAUAUUGAGACAUGAGGAGCUUUAACACCCUGUAUAUUCCUGUAACAUACAUGUAUAUGUAAUAAUAAUAAUAAUAAUAACUACAAUGUCUAAUGGAGGAAGAUGAAGGACGACAACAAGCCUUGUUUUAAUGUAAUUCUCUCUAACCUUGGGGUCAACAACAAGCCUUGUUUUAAUGUAAUUCUCUCUAACCUUGGGGUCAAUAACAAGCCUUGUUUUAAUGUAAUUCUCUCUAACCUUGGGGUCAAUAACAAGCCUUGUUUUAAUGUAAUUCUCUCUAACCUUGGGGUCAACAACAAGCCUUGUUUUAAUGUAAUUCUCUCUAACCUUGGGGUCAACAAGCCUUGUUUUAAUGUAAUUCUCUCUAACCUUGGGGUUAACAACAA